AUGGCGAGGGAGUCGAAAGAGGCAGACAGUGAUCAACAGCAUAGUGAACUUCCCACCGCCAGCGAGGUGCUCGCAAACCCCUCUGAUCAAGAGGCCUUGGAGCUAGGCCUGCAGCUGAGAGCAACAACCACAAGCCAGUCCACCUCAAAGGCGUACCGAUGGUGGAAGAGACACAUCUCUAUGAGCGUCCCUCACGUUACCUGCCGUGACCACUUGGCAAACGAAAGGACCUUCCUUGGGUAUCUGCGAACAGCUCAGGCAUUUGCCAUGGUGGGUGUGGUUAUUGCCCAGGUCUUCCGAUUAAACCACAGCCUCCAUCCGAAUCCGCACUUGGGCUUCUUCGUGGUCGGUGUGCCACUAUCUUGCGUUUGUCAUGGCUCGGCCAUUCUUAUAUCUGGUCUUGGAGCCUUCCGAUUUAUCCGCUAUCAAAAGGCCAUGGCUCGUGGUUAUGCUCUAUCCGGCGGGUGGGAGAUGACGUGUAUCGGGAUGCUGACCACUCUUGUUCUUAUCAGCAUCUUUCUCCUGACGUUGAUCAUAAGCGUCGACCAAGAUUGA